CCGUUGCCUCUCAACAAGUGACGCGCUUUGACCUGUCAAAGUUUCUGCAAUAAGUGAUAUACUUGCAGAAUCCUACGUGGGUUGCGUCAGUAAUCUGCGUGCAUUAAAGAAAGAGGAACAUGGAUUUGGAAAAAAUAUCUGAACCUAUUGGUAACCAACCUGCUGAGGUACUCGAGUGGACAAAAUCACUCCGCGAUAGGAGUCCAUCACCCGGUCGUUCAAAGACACGGUCAAGGAGUACCUCUCCGCCUCGUAAGCACGCUCAAAGCAGAACACCUAGGAAAGAAGUGUUCUCUGGUACAGUGCCAUCCUCUCCAGGAGUUUUGAUGAUGGAACUCCCAAAGCCCACUGCUUCGAAGGCUCCCAAGCUCUCUCAGUCUGCCAAGGUGUCCACUAGGAAGUCUGACAGCACUCUUAGACGCUCGACUGGGAAUAGUGUGGCUGCUUCUUUUGCUAACACGAAAUCCAAGUCCCAGAAUGGUCCUACAGAGGCCAUUGAGGCUGAGUACAUCAAGAACCUGCAGCAGCAAAUCUACUUCCUGGAGCUGGAGACCAACUAUCUGCGUGAGCAGGCAAAGAAGGCUACAGAAAUGCACCCUAAAAUGUCAGCAGAGGCGGAAAGGAUGCUAGCAAAACUGAGGACCAUGCAGAUUGAGAUGGACGGGCUACAGACAGAGAAUGCAAGGAAGGAGAGCAGUGUUGGCCUGCUGUCACGCGAGAAGGAGCAUAUUUUAGAGCAACUCAGGGAGGCUGAAGAGGCCAGAGCAAGAGACAAAAGGAUGUUGAUGGAUGAAGUGAUCGAGCUGAAGAAAACCAUUGCCAGGAAUGAAUCCGAGAUUGCAUACAAGGACAACCAGCUGUUUGAGGCUAGAAAUGAGCUUGAAAAGAGUGCCACAGCUUUGAAAAAUGCUGAGACAAAGAUAAUCACAUUGAAAAGUCAACUGGAGCAGCGUAUAGAGCAGCACAAGAUGACUCAGAUAGCUCUGGAUGAGAAGCGCUCAGAGUGUCUCAGUGUGGAGACGCAGCUAAAGACAACGGAGGAGAAGUACUACAACAGCACCGUUAACCUUCAGGAUAAGAUCGUCAGUGACCUUAGGGAAGAAAUUCGUGACCUGCGGCAGAAGCUGAAGGAAGCGGAAAUGACAGCAGAGCAAGAGCGCCACAUGAGAAGCAAGAUGUCUGAUGACAGCUCGUCCAUUGUGAGGGAGAAUGCAACCCUGCACCAGCAGGUGGUGGAGGUCACAAAACAGCUUGAGAGGGAGAAAAAUCUUCGAGAUGAGAUUGAGCACAGACACCACUCAAAUAUUUCUGAGAUGGUACAGGGCAAAGACCGAGAGAAGGAACUCAGGUUUGAGCUCGAGUACGUACGGGAACAGCUGGCCAAGGAGAUAGAGAGGGUUAGGCAGUAUCAGGAACAGAUGACAACCAAAGAGUCGGCUUCCACUCAGGUGGAGCUACAGCUGAACACUGCGCGCAGUCGGGUCACAGAGCUCACCAGCAUGCACUCACACUUGGAGAAGGAUAACACCCAACUACGCAAGGACAAGUCCCUCUUGGUUGACCAUGUGGCAGACCUGCAGAAAAAGCUGGAAUCCAAGAACGAGGAGGUGGUCAGGCUGCGAGGGGAUGUCCUGUCUCUUGAGGACCGGGUCCAGGAACUGGAGCAGAUGAACACGCAGGAGCUGUCCUCUCAACACCAGAAGUGGGGCGAGUUUGAGAAGCUGGCAGAGAGCAUGCGCACCCUCUCUCACACCAUGGCAACCUCUCGGUCAUCACGGAGCCCUCGCACCAUGGGCUCCACAGGCACACGGCCCAUGCAGUUCUAGGGGAUUUGGGUGUUAAUGAUUGGUGGGUGAUUACAGCCCAUGCAUUUUUAGGGGGUUUGGGGGUUUGUCAUUGGGCUCAUGCAGUUUUAUGGGAUUUGAGGGUUUGUGAUUGGUGUGUGAUUGGCUUGUGUGUCUAAGGCUGAUGUAAGUUAUUGCGGACUAGUGUAUAGUUGUCAUGCAUUGUCAUGUUCAAAGUAUCUGUGGUAAAAAAAAUGGAGCGGUUGAUGCUUAAAAUUGUGGGGACGGAGAAACAGACCAUGUGCAUUCACAUUCUUUCCAAAUAUACUGUUAAUAAAAGUCCAAUAUGUACUUUUUUUACAAAGGAUGUUAUAAAUUGCAUUGUGUGUUUUCCAAAAUAUUGUGAAACAUUGAAAAAUAAUCAAAAUAUCUGUUUGGGACUUAAAAGAUACAGGUUGCAGCGGCAUCCUUUUUCCCUAUUGACCUUUUCAAAGCAAGUUUAUAUGGAAACAUAUGCUUAUCUUGUUGAAAAGGAUACCAUAUUAUCCUCCCCCAAAGGCAGAGGGAUAUAGAAUUUGAGUUGUCCUUCCGUCGGUCAAAAAAAUAUUUUUGGCAAGGGAUAUCAAUUCCAUGAAUUUGCCUGUUGUAAAUGUGAUGAUCAUCAGAUUAGAAACUGAACACAUAUUACAUCACUUUUUCAUAAUGAUUUCAGUAUGUAUUGGGCAUUGUACUCAUACAUGAUAUUUAUGCUUGUCUGCUAGGUAUUUGGAAGCUUUGCCAGUGGUUAAGUGGUUUAUCUCUAUUAGUUUUCUUUAAUGAAAAUCAUUGUUAUAUUGUGCUACUUUAUGAGUACUUGUGUUACAGAUUCUUCAACUUGCCAGAUAUUUCAACCAUUCAUCUUCUCAUAAUAUUAGUAGUUGUAAAUAUUGUUUUAUUUGUGAAAGUAUCAGGUAAUGUGUAUGUAUUUUGUACAAAAACUUGAGUGCUCGAAAUAGAUAUUGCCAAUUCCUGGAGAUCUGAAUUUUAAAAUCUAAUUAUUUUUUAAUCUUGUACCUACGCUCAAAAGGUACAAAACCAUACACAGUCAUACAUUUUAGACAAAUAGAAUCUCUAUAUGUUAUUUAACACAUUAUCCGAAUCAACCUUUGUAUUGUUGUUGUGGUUUUGCCUGUCAUACACACCUAUUAACUCUUUCAGUGCUGGAACCGAAUAAUGAAGGCCUUUGCAAACAGUUUGGAUCCAGAUGAGACGCCACAGAACGUGGCGUCUCAUCAGGAUCCAAACUGUUUGCUAUUGUGAUAGUAUUCUUUGGAAAAAAAAUGAAGAAAAUGCAAAUUUUAUAAAAUCAGCAGAUGACAUUUUAGCAGAUGACAAAUUUCCCAGCAUGCAAAGGGUUAAAAUGAACAUACAGCAUUUGCCGAAAAAUAAUAAUCAAAUACUUUCUUACUCAAAGGCUACUCUGGGCUCUAAGGAAUCCCUAAUGAAAUCUUUUCUUUUCCAAUUUUAAGAAAGUUAAUACAAAUUGGAAAAAUAGCUAGCCUGCAUAUUUUUAAAGGUAUAUAUUUGUUUGGGUUAUUUCUCUGUAAAUGAUAGUGAUAAAGUAUGCAUGUAAAUAUACUGGUCACAUUGUGUUUUAAAAUGUUGAUAUUUUGACAGACUGUUGAUGAAAAUCCCUUAAGUUACAUUUUGUAACCGUUUAAAAUGUUCAAUCACUUUGAAGGUUAUCAAUCUUAAACUGAUAUAUGAUUUACUCUGAAUUGUUUCUGGUUUGCUUUCUAUUGCACAUUGAAUAAGUUUGCUUUUAGGUUAUGUUUUUGGCUCCUGUUUUGUCUAAUGUAGACUGUUUACCUAACUAUGACCAUGUUUCUACAAUAUCACUAAUUGGCGCAUUGAUUGUAUGUAAAGAUUUGUUGGUGUAAAGCUACCCAACUGACAGCAGUCAUUCAAUAUACAUGUACAACAAUUUCAUUGUGACAAAUUUUCUUUUUAAUAUAAAUUAACAUUUCAAACCCUGUAUGUACUAUUUACGUGUCGCCAAAGAUCUUUUAUAAUACAGUUUUGGUUGUAUACGCAAAUGAUUUCAAAGUGCUUUUAUUGGUUUAACAAUAAACAGUUAUUUUUUAUUUUAAGCAUUCAUUUCACGAUGCAAACAAUUUUCAUUUCAUUUUUUAUUUGGAUAUCAGUUUGUAAGCAGGAAAAUGGAAGACUUAUCUGUUGUUGUUUUUUUUUCAACAUCAUUGUUGUUAUAGAAUGACAAAGGAAUAUUUAGGGAAUUGCAAAAUGAUUGGUGAACAUAAGCAGAUAUUAUAAUAAUGGAAGAGUCUCUGUUCAUCGUAUAUUUUAGAAUAAGGCCUAAACUUUUUGUUUUCAAAAACUGUCAUUUGAAUUCACUUUAUUGUGAACAUUUUGCAAAUUAAACACUUGAUAUUCAAUUGUUAUUUGAUUGUCAUGAAUGUUCUGUAGGAAUGUUAAAUAUUUUGUGUCUCUAAUUCUUUAUAACAGUUUGUGUUGCCUUUUAUUGUUUGCUAAUCAGAGUCAGAAGAAUGUUCAGUUUGGCUCAGAUGAUCUUUUGCCAGGUAAACUUGAGUUCUGAAUCAUUUUCUUAGAUCUUAACUUGAAAAUAUCUUAUUUUAAAGAUUUGAAUGAUGUCAUUUUUACCAAUGUCAAAGCUGAAAAGAUAUAUUUAUAUGGGGCAAAUUUUGUUUCAUAAUUUUAUCCAAAGAUAACCUGUGAUUAUGUUUUUGCUUGCAGUUUUAUUUAGCCAGUUGCAUCAUUCUUAUAUGUGAUUUUAGUUGUAUGUAAUGUUAACUGUUUAUUUAUAUUAUUAUUUAUUACCGGUAUUUACUAAUUUCAAGGUAUAUUUAUCUUAAUAGAAUUAGGGAAGCAAAUGAGAUUGCUUCACUAAUGUACCUUGAAAAUGUUUCCAUGUGAUAUUUGCAUGCUUUUUUACAAAUUAUAUGUAUAUUUUUAUUCUAAACUGUGUUGCUUGCACAUUGUUUAUCCGUCCAUUUUUGCACUGGUAGGGCUUGUUAUGUAUGCAAAAGGCUUAGUUUAACUCCUGGAUUGUGUACCAACUAAUUUUAACAUUAUUAAUAAAUAAUAUAAUUUAUAGAUGUAGUUAAGUAAGUAGGUAGAUAAAUAAAUACAAAAUAAAAUCAAAUUUAAUAUUAUAAUAGUACUAUUUAUUUUAUGAAUUGUUUAAUGGUUAGGUGUUUUUUACUGUUGAAAAUGAGGAACCAUGAACUUUUGAGCGUUUUUUAAGUAAAGGAAAUAAAUAUUGUUUUACAAAUUUAUUUGUAUAUAUAAGAGAAUAAAAUUGUUGUUUUUUUAACAAAAACAUACACUGCUACACAAAUAAUGAAAAUUAUCAAAUAUACAAUUAUGUCAAUCACAGAAAAUAACUUAUGAGAGGAUUGCUACACAAAAGAAUAAAUUGCAAUGUAUUUUAUACAGAUCAGAUUUUUAAGAACCAUGUUAUAAUUUAGCAGUUUGUUUAAAAUAGAUUCUUUACAUGUCGGCAGCCUAAAAGCUUUUAUUACCACUGCGUGUGCAUGUACGGGUACUUGAUGGCUCCUAUUACAUGUACAGACCAUGUAGAUGAGCCUUGUUCUAGGAAAACUGGACUUCAGCAUGUCCGUAAAGUGUCGCCUCGGAUUAGCCUCUGAUCUGGGGUGGUAUUCCAGAAACAUCUUAAGUCAUUUCUUAAAUUAUUUCACUUAAGUUAAAAAUUACAAUGUUUUGUAUUUCUUUACUAAAUAAGGAAACACAUUUUUUUUUGGUAUUCCUAAAAUAACAUUGGCAUAAUGAUGCUAUUUAAAUGUAUAUCUUGAUGCUAAUCUAUUGCAAUAUGAAAUGAAACACUUAAGAAAAUAUCCCAAUUUAAGGAUCAGAAUAAAAUUUAACUUAAGAUGCUUCUGGAAUACGACCCCUGGGACGUCACAUUCCGCUAUUAUAGGCUAUUACGCUUUUAUUUUUGUCUAUAGGAUGUCUUUUAACAAAAAAUAUCCCAUCUAGGUGGAAUGUGUAUAUAAUUGCAACAGAUUAAGUACUGCACAGGCUAAUCUGGAACGAUUCUUUACGCACAUGUAUUAAGCCAAGAACGAUGCUCAGAUAGUCUCAAAGAACACUGUGAUAACUAUGUAGGCCAUCCAUUAGUGUAGUUAGAUGAAUGAACAAAUAA